AUGUCCAGAUACAUGCAAGACCCAUUUAGGAAUACAGACCUCAAGAGAGAGUUAUCUGUGCUCAGCUUAAUUCCACUCACCUCCGUGUCCCAAGUGGGACACAUGUGCUUUCAGGAACAUCCGGCGUGUUUGCUCUCAUCGUCACGGUUCCUCGGGCGCGCGCCCUUAGUCCCGGGGCCGCCUCUCCCCCGGACGCGUGCGAAGGCGGACUGGGUUCCGCUGCGGUCUCCACGAGAGCCACCGGUCCUGAAAGCGCGGAUGCUUUGUUUGCGGAAACGAAAGCGAAUACUUCUUUCCAAGGAGACUUGGGAAAGGGCGGACGCUCCCACUGCCUCAGGCGUUCCCUGGAGGACCUUCAAGUCGCCGCCGUGUGGGCGGGCUAGCGUCCCGCUGCUGCGCUGGUUCCGAGCCCUUCCCUUGCCUCUCCCAGGGUCCUUCUCCCAGCGUCGGAGGAAGGCCCGCGGUCUGCGAGUGCAGUGCGGGUGGUGGGAAUCCCUGGGAGGAUUACGAAAUCCUUCAAGUGGGAUUUACCAAAGGCGUUCCUUUCCGCUCGCUUCCGUUCCCGCUCAACAAACGUGUUGGAAACGUGUUGCUACUGAAAGGAAGUGGUGCUGGGCUGCAUUUUCUGUGCCUAGUCUGCGAGAAACAGCCCUGGAAUAGGGCCUCUAUUUCUUCCUUGGAGCAUCCCUCCCCGGGACCUGGGAGUUGAAACUCUCUAGGCUAAAGAAACUGAAGCAGGUUCAGGACUGGGUCUCUGAAAUUCUGGGUGUCUCUACGCUGGGUUAAACUAAGUUUUUCAGAAAAUGUCUAACUAGGCUAAAGACCUUGUGCUUCAGAGUGUUUUGAGAGGAGAGUUUGGGGGAAAGGGCUCUCUCUAGAAGGUAAAUUUGUAUGGGAGAUGGGGAGUGUGUGUUUACACGGAGUAUCGGGCGUCUUUCUUAUGGGUGGACAUUGUGGAUGAGAAUGAGAGAUUAAGGCAGAAUUAGCUGGGCUUUUAAUCCCAAACAGUGUUUUAAAAAUAAAAACUAUAUAUUUAAGGUGUA